CCCUUUAAAUCCGGAUCCAGCGGGAGCGGGGGUCCGCUGCGCGUCCUCGCUCACCCGGCUGGCCGCCGUGGCUCGCCCGCACUCAUCCCGAUAAAAAAGCUUCUUACCAUUUUAGGGAACUUCACGAAGUUUUCUCGGACCUCCUCGAAACAGGGACUUUUGUUUGCAGCGCUGAGACUCAGCGGAGGUUCGCGUUCAUGGACAAGCCUGCACCGCUGGAUUCUCGGUUUGCGUAACUCUGGGGCGUUCUCAACAUCUGGAUUAACUGUUUGAAGCCAGAGAUAACGGUCCUGCACAUUAAACUCUGCCUGCGUUGCCAUUUUUAAAUGAAAAUACUGCCUUCAUUUUUUUUCACCCUGGAGUUCAGCCUGACAACGCGAGUGUGUGCGCAUAGAUUAUGUAUUCUUUAAAAUGGGUGCGAACAAUGGAAAACUGUACGGGAGCGAGGGUAAAGGCAGCUCCAGCAUCUCCUCUGACAUAAGUUCAAGCACAGAUCACACUCCAACUAAAGCUCUGAAGAAUGUUGCUACCAUCGAAGGCUUGGAGAGCAGCACAAGAACACUGAGCACCCCCAGUCCGGGUCUGAUCCUGCCAUCCAAGUCCUCCUCCCUCUCCUCACCAGCCUUGUCCAGUAAUGGCCAUGAGACCAACUCCUCGUCCUCAUCCUCCGCCCACGCUGAAACGGUGGCUGUGAUCCACCCUCAGCCCGGCGGCCACACUCGCUCCAGACAAUCAAAAACCCACCACCACGCCCCCAUCGACCUCCUCCCAGAUCACAGCCUCAUCCAGAUCCUUUCCCAUCUCCCAACCAACCAGCUGUGCCGCUGCGCUCGUGUUUGCCGGCGCUGGUACAACCUGGCGUGGGACCCGAGACUGUGGAUCACCAUCCGCCUCACAGGAGAGCUGCUUCAAACUGACCGCGCCAUCAAAGUUCUGACCCACCGGCUGUGCCAGGACACCCCCAAUGUGUGUCUGACACUGGAAAAGGUGGUAGUCAACGGCUGCAAGAGGCUCACCGACCGGGGGCUGCACGUUCUGGCCCAGUGCUGCCCCGAGCUACGGCACCUGGAGGUCGCUGGUUGUUAUAACAUCUCCAACGAUGCCGUGUUUGAGGUGGUGUCCCGCUGCCCCAACCUGGAGCACCUGAACCUCUCAGGCUGCUCUAAGGUGACCUGCAUCAGUCUGACCCAGGAGGCCUCGCUCCAGCUGUCUCCACUCCACGGACAGCAGAUCUCCAUCCACCACCUGGACAUGACCGACUGCUUCUCUCUGGAGGACGAGGGUUUGCGGACUAUCGCCUCCCACUGCCCCCGCCUCACCCACCUGUACCUGCGGCGCUGCAGCAGACUAACGGAUGAAGCCCUGCGCCACUUGGCUCUCCACUGCCCGUCCAUUAGGGAGCUGAGUCUCAGCGACUGCCGCCUGGUGGGUGACUUCGGUCUGCGGGAAGUGGCUCGGCUGGAGGGCUGCCUGCGCUACCUGAGCGUGGCUCACUGCACCCGCAUCACGGAUGUGGGGAUCCGCUACGUGGCCCGGUACUGCCCCAGGCUGCGGUACCUGAAUGCAAGGGGCUGCGAGGGGCUGACGGAUCACGGCCUAGGACACUUGUCCCGGAGCUGCCCCAAACUCAAGUCCCUGGAUGUGGGGAAGUGCCCACUGGUGUCGGACAGUGGGCUGGAGCAGCUGGCCAUGUACUGCCAAGGCCUGAGGCGGGUCAGUCUCCGGGCCUGUGAGAGUGUGACGGGCCGAGGACUCAAAGCUCUGGCGGCCAACUGCUGCGAACUGCAGCUGCUCAACGUGCAGGACUGCGAGGUGUCGCCGGAAGCCCUGCGAUUCGUCAGGAGACACUGCCGGCGCUGCGUCAUCGAGCACACAAACCCGGGCUUCUACUGACACGCGUCAGGAACCGGUUCGAUGUAAUAAUCCAACUCUUUCGUUGGCAGAACCGGUUAGCUGCAAACGCCGACUUUCAUCAGAAUGUUUUUAACGUAUUUAUCCGUGGCGGGUGUGACGUCUGCCCCCACCAGAACAACGGGCCUCAGCACUGAGCUCUGGGGACACUUAUGUAGCAUCCAUCCUCACAUCAAGGCCCUGAAACCGAAUCACUCGUCUACGUUAAUCAGAAUAUUUAUAUCAGAGGAGAUCAACGAGGGCGGAGCGGCAAAAGCAGCGUUCAAAAGUGUUCUGUCUAAAUGAUAUUGUUCAGACAAUCACUUCAACUCAGCUCAGCGUGUCAUAUCUUACACAGUCAGAGGUUUUUCUCAUGCCGGGACUUCCAGUUCCUAUAGAAACCACAUGUAACAAACAGGAAACCGCUGCUAAAACUGCUAAUAAAUCUCUUGUUAAACCUUCAA